AUACUGCAUGCAUGCAGUGUACGGUUAAAUGCAAAUUACCAGCUGAUGUGUGAUUACGACAGAAUGAGGUGCUGAAUGGCGAUUAAAGUAACUUGUCCGCCGUUUUCCUCCAAUUUGAUCAGUACAACGCUCUCAGACUGGCUAAACAUGAAUUUCAUUGAAAGGAACAUUAAAGGAAAACAACGAAUUUUGUCGUAGUUAGUAAAUAGUCGUACAAAACCCGGCGAAAAUGCAUUUCUCGCUUCCAACAUCGAGAAUUGUUGUGGUUGUGCCUGCAGCUGCCAUUUGUAUUGUGUGUGUGCUAAUUGAAACGUGUACCGCAGCGAGAUCACACGUUUACACAAUACCAUUGAGGAAAGGGAAGGAAACUAGUUUUGCUGAAACUGUUGGAGAGCCAGUACGAACUAACCAAGUAAAUGUGUCGGUGGAGGAGCAGAAAAAUAACAUUCGAGGAAGACCCGGAUUAGGAUACUACAUCGAAGUAGAUAUAGGAACACCACCUCAAAAACUGAAUGUACUAAUUGAUACCGGUAGCAGUAACUUUGCUGUAGCAGCUUCAUCCCACAAUGCAAUAUCAACGUAUUAUAGAAGAAACGAAUCAUCGACGUACGAAGAUCAGGGUACCUACGUGAAGGUGCCCUACACUCAGGGUGAAUGGAGCGGGGAUCUAGGGCAGGAUCUGGUCCAGAUAGCAUCGUUAGGGAACCAGAGCUUUCAAGCAAACAUCGCUGCUAUCACAGAAUCUAAGAUGUUCUUCCUCAACGACUCAAGGUGGCAAGGUAUUCUGGGAUUGGGGUAUGCAGAGAUUGCAAGGCCUGACAGCUCUGUGGAGCCGUUCUUUGAUUCUCUCACCAGUCAAACCUCAAUACAAGACAUCUUUGCUCUACAGAUGUGUGGAGCCCUAGCCUCAACAAAUGAUACCAAUCUUGGGAGCUCGGCCGAUGGGCCUGUAGAGGAAGUGAUAGGGAGCAUGAAUAUAGGUGGAUUAGAUGCCUCGUUGUACCAUGGAACAAUGCAGUACGCACCGCUCAGAGAUGAAUGGUUUUAUGAAGUCAUCAUGACUGAUAUCAGAGUGGGCAACGAUAGUCUUGGUCUAGACUGUAAAGAGUACAACUUUGACAAGACUAUAGUGGAUAGUGGUACCACAAACCUCAGGCUUCCAGUGAGAGUGUUUGAAGCGAUAACGAAUGCGAUCAAAGCUCACACAACAAAGCACAUGCCCGAUGUCCCAAGUGAGUUCUGGACGGGGAUGAAUCUCAUGUGCCCCACCGACAGCACCUCGCCUUACGAGCCUUAUCAUUGGUUCCCUACAUUGACCCUUGACCUUCAGUCAACCAAUCAGGGACAAGCAUUCUCAUUGGUCGUCUCUCCGCAGCAAUACUUGAGACGUGACUAUGACCAUGAGGAUAAGAAGAAUUGCUUCAAGUUUGCCAUUGCCCCUUCAACUAACCAUGCUGGUGCAGUUAUAGGAGCUGUAAUAAUGGAGGGCUUCUACGUCGUGUUUGACAGAGAGAAUAAACGGGUCGGCUUUGCCAGGUCAACAUGCCCAGGUGCUUGUGAAAAGACAGGAACAUGUGUCGGGAAUUCCCCUCUCAUUACAGAAGCUUUCAACAUUGAUUUUGAUGCUUCAGACUGCGGCUAUGACCGAUCAACAUCCUACGACCCCGCCCUGACCAUCACAGCCUACGUCCUAGCGGCUAUCUGCCUGGUCUGCCUCAUCCCCGUCAUCGUCUUCGCUCUCACCCACCAGAUCAACAAGAGGUGUAAAGGUCGUAGAGGCCGCGGUGUCGUGAACCAUCACAGGUUAGAUCAGGAAGGUCUUGCAGAGAACGAACCUAACUCGGAUCCUUGAGAGCCAAGUCUUUCUUUUUUUAAUAAUUUUUAUGUGAAUCUUGUCCUCAGUUCUACCAUGGCCUUCAUUUUUGUUCUCCUCUUUUGACGUUGCAUUUCCCCUUGUCCUUGUUUGUGCCCCAUGUCUUUGAGAACUCAAUUAUUUUAUAUUUCAUCUUUAAGGGAAAGUCAACUCUGAUAAAAAGUUGGCUCUUGAUAUAAGCAGAAAAUGAGAAAUAGAUCAGGGAAGGGUUGAAUGAAAUGUGGUCAAAGAUAAGAAUGGAUUAAGAAAGAUUUUAAUCGAGGUAUAAAAUACCUGCUGCCAACGAGAACCGCAUGAUUAGGUUAUUAAGCCUGCAGGAAUUUUGAGAAUUCAGUAGUUUAUCACACCUAUAUUGCCAAAUGUAUGACUUCACUCAUGAUCAGGGGGGUGUUUCACACAGAUCCUAAGUUGGACUUAACAGUUAUGGAAAGCCAAUAGCAUCCUUGAAAAUAUUUUGUAAAAGUAAUUGCAAAAGGCAUAACAUGUUGAUGCAAAUCAUUCAUAUUUUCUAUUAACAUGGGAGAUUUCAUGUUCUUGAUGUGAAAUUUAUGAAAAGUCAUUUCUUUCUUUUUUUUCUCUUUUUUUUAACUUUUGAAUAUAUUUCAAAAUAAGGCUACAAAUGGCUCUCCAUAAUAUUUAAGUCUAACUUAGAGUUAAGUUUGACUUUGAAUCUUUGUGAAACACCCCCCUGGUCUCUAUUUGCUUCAAACUGAGAUUUAGCAGCAAAGGUGUGAAAGAUGGGGAAUAUCAGAUAGAGUGUAAUAGCUAUUUGAAUCCAUACAAAGAGUAUAUCUUUGCAAACUUCAUUAAAAAGUGCAAUAUAGGCCUAUAGUUAAGCGAACAAAAAGAAAACAUUGGAAAUACAAGUAGUUAUUGGUAGGAAAUAUGCUAUUUCAAGGACUCUGACCUGCAGAGUAAGUCUUUUUAGAAAACUAUGUUAUCUGCUUUUGUUAGGCGCAAAUGACUGUAACUGUUAUAAAAAAAAGCCAGCUUAGUGCAGACAUUAAUAAUUUGCUUUGUCCAAAUUUCACUUUGUUUUGACAAUGAAACAUCAAUUUACUCACAUAAAAGAGAACAACAAUUUUCAGAAUACAACCCUAUAUAAAUUAUCCCAAGUCGACAAUAUUAAAUGUCAUCAUUUGGGUAACAACCAUAAAAUUCUUUGUUUUUAAAUAUAAUAUAUAAAGAUUAUAACCCUAUAUUUAAGAGGCUGAAUUGUACGACUUGACUUGCCAAAAUAUAUAUAUUUGUUUUCAAUGCGGAGUUUAAUAAGGAUAGUAUAUAAUGAAUUCAUUCGUAUAAUAUCAUAAUGAAAGUUCCUAAAUAGUUUGUAAUUUGAUUAUUCAAGAUAUUUGAAUUUAUAUGUGUUUUAACAUUUAUGUAGUUUCCUAAUGACAGGGCCACAUUGCUUACACGAUGUAGAUAAAGACCUGUCUAGAAAGACCUGUCUAUAAAGACCACCUCUCUACAGAGGUCACCUCUCUAUAAAGACCACCUGUUUAUAGUGGCCAAUCGUCCUGUCUCCCUUGAGAAAGAAAUGUGUGUUGUAGAAAAUGUGUAGAAAGGCCACCUGUCUACAGAGGCCACUUUUUUCUGUUUCUCUUGGGUGGCCUUUGUAGACAGGUUUGACUGUACUUCAGAAUAUCAUAAUUGAGUCUUAAAGAUAAAGUUGAGUUCUGGUCAUACGAUUGAAUUGUGAAGGAAUCGAUCAGAAAAAGUUAAUCAUCUAGCAUAUACAUGUACGUAUUGGUGUGUACUGCAAGGUUCUGGAAUCAUCAAAAUGAUAAGAAAUUUGGCCCAGUCUUGGUAAAGUUACAAGCACUGUACACAGAAAGAUGUAUAUGGGACUACGCGAACAUGUGGCAUAAAAUUCUGUCCCAAUUUUUAUGUACCAUAUUUAGAAUAUUAUGGCACUUGAAGAGCCAUGCUUUUUAGGGAACAUUUUUUAUCUGAUGUUCUUCCACACUUGCAUAAUACAUUGAUAACGCUUGUCACCUCUUCCCAGAACUCAACCUUCUCUUUAAGAUACCUGUAUAGCCUAGUGUACUCAAGAGAAUGUAUGUUUUUUUCUUCCAUUUCAGCUGUAGAUUAAAUCAGGGAAAAUGCAGGGAAAUAAUUACUUUAAGAUUGUAGCAUGAUAUGUAGGCCUAUACUAUAUACAUACCUGUGCAACCUAUGUAUCAGACUCAGUAUUUUGUAACACUUGGUAUUUUUUCUAUUGUUUAGUAUUUUCAAUUUUCAAUAGAAAGGUUUGUUUUUGUUUUUCGUCUCUUGUUUUGUUUCUUCUGUUUCAUGUUUUCAAGCUGCAAAAUUGUGUUAUCCUCUGAGUGAUAUUAUAACAUGCACCAGAUACAGGGGAUUUCUUUCAUGAGGCAAUAGGUUUAACAAGUAUUAGCAAUUUGUGUUAAUCUAUGUACAGGAAACGACUUAAUUAUUCAUACCCCUGUAAAUUUGAUGUUUUUUGCGUUUUUCGGAACUCAAUAAUGAAAGGUGGACUGGUUGAAUCAGGGCCUGUGUUUGAAUACUUUUAGAUGUAAGCUUUCAUAUGUUUCAUUCUCCAGAAUCGUAAAUCGGGACAGAUCACUUUUGCACAUAUUUCAAUAAUUACAAAAUCUGGUAAGGGCAUGAAUAAUUUAAUUGUUACUGUACAUGUAAAAUGGUAUAUUUGGACAAGUCCGAGCUAUUUUUUUUCUACCGUCCACAUCUCAUACUUCUGUACAUCUCAUGCCUGUAUCAAGGUCAUAGCUCUCCUAGAGCUGGAACGAGACAAAACAUCAAAUAAAAUGAUAUUCUUUGCCAAUUUCUGUUCCCAAUUCCAUAAUUCAAUUCAAUGAAACUACAUAUGGAACAUGCUACACAUUAGACUUAUCCAGUUAAACCUGUUUGAUUUGAUUUUCCUUUAAUAUGUAUCAUUGUUUUUAUCAAAAGAAUUUAAGAUGGAGGAGAAAAGAUUAUGUGAACAUAUAUUUUUAUUUGUUUUCUUUUGCCUUAAUUCAUUUGUUUCAGUCUUCUGCCAAAGUUAGAUGAAAAUAUUUAUAGAUUUGUCAUUUAUUGUAAUAUGUUGUAGCUAUUUAUAGCAAGAUGGAUAUUAUGUGUAUAUUUGGAUCAAUGGUAUUUGUACUACAUGCAGUUCUGGGUCAAUGCUCAAUCAAUGUGUUCAAGGAAUGUACUGCAUUUAAAUAAAUUUUGUAGAUUAUUUGCUGAUAAAUAUAUUGUCCAUUUUGUUCAUUUGUUCAGUUUAGUUUGUAGAGAAAAGAAUCUCACAAAAUCAACAAAUAGAAACAAUAUA